AUGCGGAAGUCAAAAUCGCCCAAGAAGCAGGACAAAGACAAGGACAAGAAGAAGUUUCGACACAACUCCGACCCCGACACCCACCCACUGAAUCUCCCUCCUGACCAACUGCGUCACCAUCUGGCUCAAAUGGCCAGGCAAGAGGCUGCUGAGUCGGCUGGCAGAAUGUCGCUGGAUCGAGAAUUUCCAGACACCACAAAUAACCAUGAUUCUUCCAUGUCCAACGGCACCGCGGGCUCGUCGCAGCCAGCCACUCCGUCGAAAGAAGUUCCCGGCGCCUUUUCCGACCAGGCCAACAGUGAUGCGACAAGCAACGGCACCAACGGCACCAACGGCCACCACGAUGAGCGAAGUCCUACGCCUCCUCCACACCGAGUUCCUCCAGCACCCAAAGUCGACGCCGAGGCCUGCAAGGCCGCCGGGAAUAAAUUCUUCAAGGCCAAGGAUUAUGAUCGGGCCAUCGUCGAGUAUACCAAAGCGGUUGACGCAGAGCCCACGAAUCCCACGUAUUUGUCCAACCGAGCCGCAGCCUACAUUUCCGCCAACAAAUACAGCCAGGCUCUUGGUGAUUCUCUCCAGGCCAGCCGGUUAGAUCCCAAGAAUGAUAAGAUCUUACAUCGUCUUGCCCGAAUCUACACUUCGCUCGGACGGCCGCAGGAUGCUCUGGAUACAUACGCUAAAAUCCCAAAUGCGUCAGCCACGGACACUGCAUUGGCUCGGAAAGCCCUGCAAUCGAUUGAAAUGGCAGAGAAGCAAAUUGACGCAGAGGACGGAAAUGGUAACAUGGCUCUUUGGAGCAUUGAACAGGCACGCCAGACGCUAGGACCCUUGACGCCCACGCCGAGGAGAUGGCAGCUUCUCAAGGCCAAGGCAAAUUUGAAGAUCGGGUCCGCAAAUGCGCUUGGGGAGGUUCAGGGUAUUGCGCAGAACCUGAUGCGUGAAAACCCUAUGGACGCCGAAGCCAUUGUACUCGCAGGUCGAGCAUUUUACCUCAAGGACGACAAGCCCAGACAAGGGAAGACCGACUACGAACGAGCCGAGGAUUACUUCCGACAAGCACUGGCGCUGGACCCUGACAACUCGGAUGCUCGCAACUGGCUGCGAACAAUGAAAAAGCUGGACAGGGCCCGAACAUCCGCCAACGACAUGUUCAAGCGUGGCAAAUAUUCCGACGCCGUCACUGCGUACACCGAAGCUCUCACCAUCGAUCCCACGAACAAGGUCACGAAUGCCAAACUUCUAGGGAAUCGUGCUCUGGCCCAUAUUAAAGUCAAGGAAUACGAUGAAGCCAAAGCCGACUGCGAUCAAGCUCUCAAACUUGACCCGACCUACACCAAGGCCCGCAGGACCCGGGCCAAAGCUACCGGGGAAAGUGGCGACUGGGAACAAGCCGUCAAGGAUCUGAAGUCCUUGGCCGAAGAGAACCCCUCUGACGUCGAUUUGGCCAAAGAACUCCGUAAUGCAGAACUCGAACUUAAGAAAUCCCAGCGGAAGGACUACUACAAGAUCCUUGGGGUGGAUAAGGACGCUGGUGACAAGGAGAUCGAAAGAGCUUACAAGAAGAAAGCGGCCGUGUUACAUCCGGACAAGACGCAGGGAGAUAAGCAGAAGGAAGAGGAGUUCAAGGACUGCCUCGAGGCCAAGGAGACGUUGCUAGAUCCCCGGAAGAGGCAGAUUUACGAUUCGGGAGCAGAUUUGAUGGAGCCUGGGAUGGGCAUGGGUGGAUUUCCCGGUGGUAUGGGAGGCUUCCCUGGCGGGUUCGGAGGGAUGGGUGGAUACCCCGGAGGUGGAUUUGGCGGCAUGGGCGGUGGCGGUGGUAUGCAAAUCGAUCCGGAGAUGUUGUAUAACAUGAUGAACGGAAUGGGUGGUGGAGGGCCUGGGGGUGGUGGCUUCAGGUUCAACUCUGGUGGAGGACGAGGUGGUGGAUACUCACCGUUUGGCUGA